AUGAACCCAUUCACCUCUCUAGCAGAGCAAUACGCUUCUGAAGAGGCUCAAAACAAUUACAGAAUAAACAGAAACGAUACUCAGCAAAAACUACUCCUUGAAAAUCCCGCUGUAAAUGUUGAUCCUGUUCUUGCGGGAACGGAGAACGACAAGCGAAUGUCUUGUUGCAUAGUGUCUCGGCCAGACAAUCCAACGAAAGAGCUCAUUCUGUCGAUUCAACAUCAGUUGCAGAGUUCGAUAUCGACGGAAAUUUGGUUGACACCGCCGGAAAACUUGCACAUGACCCUUUUGGAAGUUGCCCAUUCACGCCCUGAGAAAGAGAUCGAAUCCCUUGUACAUACUUUGAAACCAAAAAUGGAAGCAAUUAACUCAAUCACUGUGAAAGGUCCGGUACUCAAACACCCAUUAUUGUGUUUUGAUGCAAAUGCGGUGGCAUUGUCGUUCACAUCUUCCUAUCCUACCCAUACCAAGCUCCGUGAAAGUCUCUACGACUUUGUUACUCAUCAUGGAGUUGACAUUCUACCACGCUACGCAGGUCCAUCUGCUCAUAUAACCAUCGCGCGCUUCAAAGAACAACUUUCUACUGAAGAUGUAAAACAUAUGUUAAAAACAAUUGCAUCGAUAAACAAGUCCAUGCCAAACCACGAGUGGAAAAUUACAUCGGCAUCACUCUCAUCGGGCAUUAUCUGGUACGGCCAACAGGGCACUAUGUUUCAGUAG